GCCAGGCACUUAUUUCUGUGGCGGCUGUCUAUAAAACCGGCCACAAUACUACACAACACAUUUCAGUGCAUAAUUUAUUCGUGUUCCUGUAGGGACAAGUUUUUUUAAGGAUUCUUUUGAGGCACCUUUGAAAGAGAAAAUGUCACGUGUCGGGAAAAUGAAUGGAGUCUCACUGAACGGUUUUCACGGAGAUGAGAAGUUCAAAGGCCACGGAAUGAAGAACGGUGACAGUGUGAACGGAAUGAACGGAAAUGGUGUCACUGUUGUGAACGGGAGCGCGCGCGCUCCGUUCAGCCCCGUUAAAGGGAGAGCGCGCGGGCAGCGCUGGAGCGUGCGAGCGUCGGAGAUGGCGAAGAACACACUCAAUCCUAUCCGCGCUAUAGUCGACGGCAUGAAGCUCACCCCGAACCCUGACAAGCCCAUGAUCGCCCUGUCCAUCGGUGACCCCACAGUAUUCGGAAACUUGCCUACAGAUGAAAGUGUGCUACAGGCUGUGAAGAAAGCUGUAGAUUCACACAAAUACAGUGGCUAUGCCCCUUCAGUAGGUUACCAUAAGAGCAGAGAGGCUGUGGCGAACUUCUACAGCCAGUCAAGUGCUCCACUGGAAGCUAAUGAUGUAAUCCUGACCAGUGGAUGUAGCCAGGCUAUCGAGUUGGCCAUCAGUGUACUGUGUAAUCCAGGAGACAACAUCCUAGUUCCUUGCCCUGGAUUCUCGCUCUACAAAACCCUGGCUGUGUCGAUGGGCAUCCAGGUCAAACUGUACAACCUACUGCCGGAGAAGUCCUGGGAGAUUGAUCUCCAACACUUGGAGAGUCUGAUUGAUGAGAGGACAACCUGUCUGAUUGUCAACAACCCGUCCAACCCCUGUGGCUCUGUAUUUACAAAAGGGCACCUGCAGAACAUCCUCUCAGUUGCCUCAAAACACUGUGUCCCUAUCCUGGCAGAUGAGAUCUAUGGAGACAUGGUCUUUCCCAACUGUGAGUUUCAUGCCCUGGCUCCUCUCAGCAGUGACGUACCCAUUCUGUCCUGUGGUGGUCUGGCUAAACGCUGGCUUGUUCCUGGAUGGAGACUGGGCUGGAUCCUCAUCCACGAUCGCAAUAAUAUCUUCGGACGAGAGAUUCGAGAAGGUCUUGUGAAGCUCAGUCAGCGCAUUUUGGGAGCUUGUACAGUUAUCCAGGGGGCGCUAGAAAGCAUCUUUAAAAAUACCCCCUCAGAGUUCUACCAAAGUACAAUCAACUUUCUAAAGUCAAAUGCAGAUAUUUGCUUCUCAGAGCUGUCCACUGUUCCUGGGCUCAAUCCGGUAAUGCCAUCUGGAGCCAUGUACCUCAUGGUUGGAAUUGAAAUGGAGCACUUUCCAGAGUUCCAGGAUGAUGUGGAGUUCACAGAGAGGCUAGUUACUGAACAGUCUGUGUUCUGCUUACCUGCCACGGCAUUUGAAUACCCAAACUUCUUCCGGAUUGUGGUGACGGUUCCAGAGGAAAUGAUGGUGGAAGCAUGUGAACGGAUCAGGGAAUUCUGUGCACGCCACUACAGACCUCGCAGCCAAGACAGCAACGACCUGGACCAGUGAAGGGAUAUUCGGUGAACAAGCUAGAGAGAAAGAGCAAACAAUAAAGGGACACACGAAAGUGUAUAUGUAGUAGACAGGGAGAUCCACUUCUAACGGUUUGAGUGAGGACUGAUGUUUGUUCUUUGAAGGAGAUAAAAUAUUUCUAUGCACUAGUGAUGACAGAUAUAUGAUAUGGUCAUGAUAGGGAAGGCUAAAAUCUAAUAUCUAUCAAUCGCUCAACAAUGAACUAUUAGGGCUGAGAAAUGCAUUAUAUCACAAGGUCUGUAUUACAAGAUCACACACACAGACACUUAAAGGCAGAUAGGCAUUUCUAUUAUUCCUAAUUAUUCAUUUUUAACACCCUACUUUGAAUACCAAACAUAAUGGUAAACAGACAGUAUGGUUUUGUCAUCUGUCCUUUUGUGUAAUUUGUACACUGAUUGGACAUCGUGGGCAUAGUCUAUCUAGUUUUAGAUUCUCCUGUGAAAGGCAUACCAUCAGAAAGACGAUAGACCAAAUAAUCCACCUCAUUCGCAUUCAUUACACCCACAACUGUAUUUCUCAAUCACUGCUGAUGACAUAUUACAGAUGUGUCAGUAGCACAGGCUGGAAAAUAUCAGCCCAAAUUCACACUAGAAGAGGUUUCACUCUGAGUAAUCACCUGACACUUCUGUCACUGAUAGGCUACAUGAAUCUACAGUCUGGGCUGGAAAUAAAUCAGCCCCAGUGUCACCUUUUCAUGUCGUUCUGUACUAAUCGGUGAUACUGUUGAUCAUGUUUUCACAAAUGUCCAAAAAUAAUCUGCCUUAAAACAUUUGUUAACAGAAAACAAUCUGAUGUGGAUGCCAAAAAUGACUCAUUUUAUUAAUGUCUUUUUAAUCAUUGAAAGACAGGGAUGAGCUUAGCCCUGCUACCCCAUUUAUAUUAUGUAAGCUAUGCAUCUAUUCUAUGUUUUUUUUAUAUGGACCAGUAAACUGUCUUAUGUAAAUCUCGUGCUUAUCACUUGUACACUGUAGUGAUUUCUUUUGUGUAUGUGUAUGAUUGAUCUACUUCCAUCCUGGUUUGGUUUAGAGGCCAAAGAGCUUUGCAAACUGAUUGGCAGCUAUGAAUGCCGCUGCUGGACCCUAACUUUCAUACCAUGUGCUCUUUAUCCUGCAUAACAUGCAAUACGCUGAACUGAUUGUUGAGCAUAAGAACUUGUCUUUGAACCUAUAAUUAUCUCAAAGAUGCUCAGGUAUCUUUGAGAUAUCUGUAUAACACUUUCAUAACCCCACCAUUUUAUAAACAAGGUUUUAUAGACUCAAAUAUGUUUUUUUUAAUCUUCUUGUAUUUACUUUAUAUGAUUUUUCAGUAUUAUAUAGUAACAUUUAUUUAAAUAAAAUCUUACAAUAAA